CUCUCUCUCUCUCUCUCUCUCUCUCUCUCUCUCUCUCUCUCUCUCUCUCUCUCUCUCUCUCUCUCAUAACCUUCAAAGCAGAGGAACCGAAUCGCUACUUUAGUAUCUUUUGUUCACCUGAGAGGCAGGCACACAUAACAGUUGAAAGGUUUUGAGUAAAAAUGGGAAUUGUAGGAGAGAUGAGUAAUGGUUUGAGCAUUGAUGAGAAAGAAGGGUUGAUAGACAAAGAUGAAGUCAUGAUUCGUCGGAUGAAGAACAGAGAAAGACAACGUAGGUACAGAGCCAGGAAGAGGAUGAGGGAAGAAGCGGGUAUGGAUGGGAGUCUCUCGUUUGAGACCAUGGGACUACAUGAAGAAGAAGAAGAAGAAGAGGAGGAGGAGGAGGAGGAGCUAGAGUUUAAUGGACUUAGUGGUGGUGGUUAUGUUGACAACUUUGUGCGGCGUGUUUACUGCGAUAGAGAUUGGAAAAAAGAAGCUAGAAGAGCUCAUUUGAUUGUGAACAAAGCUCAAGAUGGUUCUUGUGAGUUGGUUAAACGGAAGAUAAGGAGGCAUCAAAGAGAUUGGAAAGCUGAUGCUAGAAAGAAGAAAACUUGAUUUCUUGAGGAAUGGUCAGGUUGCUAGAGGGAUCUUGCAAGGGUGACUGUGGAAUAGAGAAAUGCCACACACAAAGCUGAUUUGAGAUUACAAAUCUUUUUUCAGUAUUUCUAUUUUUGUAGAAAUUGGAAAUGGUCUAGCAAAAGUAAAGUGAUUUGCUCUUUCUUGUCUGAGUGUUUUGUAUUCGAAAGAUCCAUGUAGUAUACGAAGGUUUUAUCAUGUGUGUUGUGUUUAUUGAUUUAGCCAUGACGAAACAUUAUCACACUGAGA